GGUUGAAGGGACGGUAGGCGGCGGAUGGGAGAGCUGGCGCAGCUGCCGUAGUGGCAGCGGCUGAAGUGGCGGCGGCGGCCGCGACCCCUGCAACAGCUCCAGGCUCCGAGCUUUGGCGGCGGUGCCGGCGGGCUGCGCUGCGCGGUGCGGACCCCGGUGCGCCAUCCGGGUUGCUGGGGCGGCGCGUAAGAUGCUUCGGAUGGAGGACUUCCUGAGACGCAGCUCCGGGCCGGUGGCUUGCUUAGGGAGCUCAAACCGGAGACCGCUCACAGCCGUGGCCAGCAUGUCCUGAGGGCCACAGGGGAGGAAAACAUGGCCGUGAUUCUCGAUGACGACGUGCCCCUGAUUCUGACCUUGGACGAGACUGGCGGUGCCCCACUGGCCCCCUCCAACAGCCUGGGCCAAGAGGAGCCACCCAGCAAAAAUGGGGGCAGCUGUGCUGUCCACGACGCCCAGGUCCCCAGCCUGAACUCUGCGAGUGAGAUGGCCCUCUCCAGUCCCAUCGGACACAACUGGGAGAUGAAUUAUCAAGAGGCAGCAAUCUACCUCCAGGAAGGCGAGAACAACGACAAGUUCUUCACCCACCCCAAGGAUGCCAAAGCGCUGGCAGCCUACCUCUUUGCACACAACCACCUCUUUUACCUGAUGGAGCUGUCUACGGCCCUGCUGCUGCUGCUGCUGUCCCUGUGUGAGGCGCCAGCUGUGCCCGCGCUCCGGCUCGGCAUCUACGUCCACGCCACGUUGGAGCUGUUCGCCCUGAUGGUAGUGGUGUUUGAACUCUGCAUGAAGUUGCGGUGGCUGGGCCUGCACACCUUCAUUCGGCACAAACGGACCAUGGUCAAGACCUCCGUGCUGCUGGUGCAGUUCGCCGAGGCCAUCGUGGUGCUGGUACGGCAGACGUCCCACGUGCGGGUGACCCGGGCUCUCCGCUGCAUCUUCCUGGUGGACUGUCGGUACUGUGGUGGUGUCCGGCGCAACCUGCGGCAGAUCUUCCAGUCCCUGCCGCCCUUCAUGGACAUACUCCUCCUGCUGCUCUUCUUCAUGAUCAUCUUCGCCAUCCUCGGUUUCUACCUGUUCUCCCCGAAUCCUUCGGACCCCUACUUCAGCACGCUGGAGAACAGCAUUGUCAGCCUGUUUGUCCUCCUGACCACGGCCAACUUCCCAGAUGUCAUGAUGCCCUCGUACUCCCGGAACCCCUGGUCCUGCGUCUUCUUCAUCGUGUACCUCUCCAUCGAGCUGUACUUCAUCAUGAACUUGCUCCUGGCCGUGGUCUUUGACACCUUCAACGACAUUGAGAAACGCAAGUUCAAGUCUCUGCUACUGCACAAGCGUACCGCCAUCCAGCAUGCCUACCGCCUGCUCGUCAGCCAGCGGAGGCCCGUGGGCAUCUCCUACAGGCAGUUUGAAGGCCUGAUGCGCUUCUACAAGCCCCGCAUGAGUGCCAGGGAGCGCUACCUGACCUUCAAGGCCCUCAACCAGAGCAACACGCCUCUGCUCAGCCUUAAGGACUUCUACGAUAUCUACGAGGUUGCUGCCUUAAAGUGGAAGGCCAAGAGCAACCGAGAGCACUGGUUUGAUGAGCUGCCCCGCACGGCAUUUCUUAUCUUCAAAGGAAUCAAUAUCCUUGUGAAGUCCAAGGCCUUCCAGUAUUUCAUGUACCUGGUGGUGGCAGUGAACGGAGUCUGGAUCCUGGUGGAGACGUUCAUGCUGAAAGGUGGGAACUUCUUCUCCAAGCAGGUGCCCUGGAGUUACCUCAUCUUUCUGACCAUCUACGGGGUGGAGCUAUUCCUGAAGGUGGCUGGCCUGGGCCCUGUGGAAUACCUGUCAUCUGGCUGGAACCUGUUUGACUUCUCCGUCACAGUCUUCGCAUUCCUGGGGCUCCUGGCCUGGGCUCUCGACAUGGAGCCCUUCUACUUCAUAGUGGUCCUGCGUCCCCUGCAGCUGCUCAGGCUGUUUAAACUGAAAAGGCGUUACCGCAACGUGCUGGACACCAUGUUUGAGCUGCUGCCACGCAUGGCCAGCCUGGCCCUCACCCUGCUCAUCUUCUACUACUCCUUCGCCAUCGUGGGCAUGGAAUUCUUCUAUGGGAUCCUCUAUCCCAACUGCUGCAAUGCCAGCACCGUGGCAGAUGCCUACCGCUGGCUCAACCACACCGUGGGCAACAAGACCAUGGUGGAAGAAGGUUACUAUUAUCUCAACAACUUCGACAACAUCCUCAACAGCUUCGUGACCUUGUUCGAGCUCACGGUUGUCAACAACUGGUACAUCAUCAUGGAAGGUGUCACCUCCCAGACCUCCCACUGGAGCCGCCUCUAUUUUAUGACCUUCUACAUCGUGACCAUGGUGGUGAUGACCAUCAUCGUGGCCUUUAUCCUCGACGCUUUCGUCUUCCGGAUGAACUACAACCGUAAGAACCAGGACUCGGAAGUUGACGAUGGCAUCACCCUGGAGAAGGAGAUCUCCAAGGAAGAGCUGGUGGCUGUCCUGGACCUCUACCGCGAGGUGCGAGGGGCUGCCUCAGACGUCACCCGGCUGCUGGAGACGCUGUCCCAGAUGGAGCGGUACCAGCAAAAUUCCCUGGUGUUUCUGGGGAGGAGAUCGAGGACCAAAAGCGAUUUGAGUCUGAAGAUGUACCAGGAGGAGAUCCAGGAGUGGUACGAGGAGCAUGCCCGGGAGCAGGAGGAACAGCGACAGCUACUGAGCAGCACCGUGCCCACCAUCCCGCAGCCCCCGGGCAGCCGCCAGCGCUCGCAGACUGUCACCUAGCCCCGCUCGCAACAGCUGCACCAUCUAUGCAAUAACACAAUAGUAUUA